UAGCAAAGAUCAGCAACAUUCAGUCACCUUCAGGAAACACGAGCCAGAGCCAGAGCGCGAUGAAGGAACCGGAAGUGGAUCCGAAGAACAUAAUAAAGAGCAGAGAUCUGCUCUACAGGCUGAUGAUCAGUCAGCUGUUCUACGACGGUCAUCAGACGCUAGCCGUACAGCUGUCCAAUAUGAUCCAGGCAGAGCCACCAUGCCCACCAUCAGAUCGACUGUUGCACCUGAUGUUGAUCGGUAUCGCUCAGGAACCAGAUCGCUCCAAGAAGGAUAACAGUAACAACCUGUCAACCUUCGCGUCGAGCUUCGACAACACCUUAGGACCUGGAUUAGACUUGGAAUUCGAAACGGAGACUCAGACCCAGGCUCCAGAACCCGCGCAAUACGAGACCGCAUACGUCACGUCGCACAAAGGGAAUUGCAGGGCAGGAGCCUUCUCGGCGGAUGGACAGUUGAUUGCCACCGGCUCUGUAGACGCUUCGAUCAAGAUCUUGGACGUGGACAGAAUGCUCGCCAAGUCCGCGCCCGACGAAAUGGCACCUGGGGAUCAGACCGGCGGCCAUCCAGUUAUAAGAACUUUGUACGAUCAUUUGGAGGAAGUGACAUGCCUGGAGUUCCAUCCCAGAGAACCCAUACUCGUGUCCGGUAGUCGUGACUUUUCCGUCAAGCUGUUCGACUUCAGUAAAGCCAGUGUGAAGAAAGCAUUCAGGACCAUCACAGACGCGGAUCAAAUUCGGUGUCUGUCGUUCCACCCAACCGGUGAUUUCCUCAUAGUCGGCACCAACCAUCCAGUAGUUAGGUUGUACGACGUAAAUACUGCGCAAUGCUUCGUGUGCAGUAUACCAGGUCACCAGCAUACAGCCGGGAUAACGAGCAUCAAGUAUUCAUCGGACGCAAAAACUUACGCCUCGGCGGGAAAGGACGGCAGCAUUAAGCUCUGGGACGGUGUGUCCAAUCGAUGUAUAAACACCUUCGUCAAAGCACACGACGGUUAUGAGGUGUGCUCGGUGAGCUUCACGAGGAAUGGCAAGUAUUUGCUCUCUUCAGGGAAAGAUUCCCUGAUCAAGUUGUGGGAAUUAUCCACUAGCAGAUGCUUAAUAGCAUAUACGGGUGCUGGAACUACAGGCAAACAGGAACACAAGGCACAGGCGAUAUUUAAUCAUACCGAGGACUACGUGAUGUUCCCCGACGAAGCCACGACUUCGCUGUGCGCCUGGAAUUCUCGGAAUGCGUCAAGAAAGCAAUUGCUAUCGCUGGGACAUAACGGUCCUGUGAGGCUGAUCGUGCACUCGCCAACCGCCCCCGCGUUUCUCACGUGCAGCGACGAUUUCAGGGCGAGAUUCUGGUUCCGAAGAAUGCCGACGCACUAACGGCCUAACUGUUUCACUGUCGAAGUCAAAAAGUUGAAGGACACUAACUGGAAAACGUAUUUUCCAUAAAUAUUUAUUUCACGAACUGCAAUUAUAAGAUGCAAACGCGUUAAAAAUGGACGCGAAUUCAAAGAAGUUUAAGAGAAAAAGAAAACAAAAUCGAGUCCAUUAUGUGUCGAUAAUGCAAUUACGAGAGAAAAAGAGGGAGAGAGUUGAAAUUAGGUUUUAUGUAUACAUGUGUGCGAUUUUUUACCAUGUAAAUUCUAAGUACCAAAUUUCCUCUUACAUUUAUAUUUUAUCUAUAUAGAAUAUUACAAAUAAUGUAAGAUAUCAA